AUGGGCUGCGCUGGAACGAAAGCCGGCAAAGCUGAAAGUGAUUCUGAUCAUUAUCAUCAAGAAAUAUUGAACGCAGCACAAACUGGUGAAGUUCAAAAACUAAAAGAUAUAUUUGAUGAAUUGGAUAAACGUAAAGCUUAUUCGACGAAAAAGGAAGUGAUUGGCAUUGGUCUUAUCUUUGUUUUAUUUAUUCCAUUUUACAUUUAUACGGAAAAGUUAACAUUACCUUUGCCUCUAUUACCUUCUAUUGAACGAAAAACAAUAAUUAUUUAUCCUAAUAAACCAACAACAGAGAAAAAUAUAUUAAAAAUGAUUUUUGACUUAAGAAUUAAACAUUUAAAAGUUACAACAACAGUAUCAAAUCAACAGUUAAUACAAAAAAUGAAGAAAAAUAGAAAUAAGAAUGGUGCAAUGAAAAAUAAACCACAUAAUCGACAUAUUAAUCAACUUAAAACACCAUGGACAGAUUAUUUGUUAAAUUCGACUAACAAUUUGACUAAAAAUGAAAUAUUACCAGAAUAUCCUCGACCACAAAUGAAACGUCAAAAAUGGACAAAUUUAAAUGGUUUAUGGUCAUUUACGAUGACAUAUCGAAAUAUGACUAUUAAAAAUCGAACAAUUAAUGUUAAAAUAAUAUUUAAUGAAACAAUUCGUGUACCAUUUCCUGUUGAAUCGUAUCUAUCUGGUAUUAAUCGUCGAGUAUUACCUACUCACUAUCUUUGGUAUCAACGUCGAUUACAAAUUUCACGUGAUCAAUUAGGAAAAUUGAAUCGUCUUCUUCUACAUUUCGAUUCGGUUGAUUAUGAAACAUAUGUAUGGAUUAAUCGAAUUUUUGUAGGUAAACAUCGUGGAGGUUAUCAACCAUUUCAUUUCGAUAUUACAGAAUAUUUACAGACAGCUAUUAGAGAUCGAUUUAAUUAUUAUCAACAAGAAUUAAUCGUUCGAGUAUGGGAUCCAACUGAUAAAAGUUAUCAAUCACGUGGUAAACAAGUAUUAAAUUCAUCGACAAACAGUAUCUAUUAUACUCCUAUAUCGGGUAUAUGGCAAACAGUAUGGUUAGAAUCCGUUCCACUCGUUUAUAUUUCAAAAUUAUGGUUUCAAUCGACUAUUGAUCAUAAAAAUAUGAGUAUACUUCAUCAUAGAAUUGACAUAAAUAUUAAAAAUAGAAAAUUAGAAAAAUUUAUUACAUAUAUUCCACCAUCAUUUAUAAUUGAUUUAUCUUAUAAUGAAUUUGAUGAUAGUUCUUCAUCAUUAAAUCAACUUCUUGAUGUUGAACGAAAAAAUCCGGAGAAAAAAGAUUCAACAGUAUUUCGUUCAUCUGUAAAAAUUCUAAAAACUACACGAUAUGUUAUUAAAUUAACAUUAAAACUUGAUAAAAAUAUAAUAAUUGAAAAAUCAAAUAUUGUACCAAAUGUAGAACAAAAAAUUGUAUUUGAUAAAAAUAUCAUUAAAUUAUGGUCACCUGAAUCUCCAAAUUUGUAUGAUAUUACUAUUGAUCUUUAUGAGCAUACUCCGAUAACUACGACUAAAGUGUUUAAAAAUAUUGCUAGACGUGGAUGGCCUUAUUUAAAUAAAAUUGUUUCUAGUACAAAUAAUUAUCCAAAAUUAAAAAAUUUAGAUAAAGUAGAUAGUUAUAUUGGUUUUCGAUCCAUUAAUUUAUGUGGUAAUUCUAUAAAAGAGAUAUGUUUAAAUAAUGAAAAAUAUUUUAUGUUGGGUGUACUUGAUCAAGGUUAUUGGCCAGAUGGUCUCUAUCGUGCUCCUACAGAUUCAGCUUUAAAAUAUGAUAUUUUUAAAAUGAAAUCACUUGGUUUUAAUACUAUUCGUAAACAUAUGAAAAUUGAAAGUAGUCGUUGGUAUUAUUGGUGUGAUGUUAUGGGAAUGUUGGUAUGGCAAGAUAUGCCCGCUUCAGAUUCUUAUUAUGGAUACGAAGUUGAAUUAAUAGAAGAUGAAAGAUUGAGAAUAAUACGAGAUAAUGUGACAAAUAAUAUUAAAUUUGAUUAUCUGUCUAAUCCAUCAAGAAAUCUAACUUUUAUUCAAUUUUCUCAAAUAAACAAUUCUCUCAUAUUCACACCAGAAUCUAUAGUUGGUCGUCAGACAGGUAGUCAGAGAAGUUUAAAAUCAAAACUUCAAUUUGAAUAUGAAUUAAAAUCAAUGAUUGAUACACUCUAUAAUCAUCCAUCAAUUGUUAUGUGGGUAUUAUUCAAUGAAGAAUGGGGUCAAUAUGAUACAUUAAGGUUAGGUCAAUGGCUUAAAUAUUACUCUGGUGAAUAUCGUUUAAUAAAUGCUGUUAGUGGUUGGCAAGAUCGAUCUGUAGGUGAUAUUCGAGAUAUUCACGAUUAUACAGCACAAAUAGAACUACCGUCAGAAAACACAUAUGAUAGAACUAAUCGUGCAUUGGUUCUAGGCGAAUGUGGUGGUUAUGGUUUACUUGUGUCUCGUAAUCAUACAUGGAAAUUUCAUGACAGUGAAGGAUGGAGUUAUGCAAAGUUUAAAGAUAAAUAUUUAAUGACAUACGGAUUUGAACGAUUAAUGAUGCAGAUAAACAGUUUAAAACAUCAUUCAUAUUUGUCAUCAAUGAUAUAUACGCAAUUGUCUGAUGUUGAAUAUGAAUUAAACGGUAUGCUUACAUAUGAUAGAAAAGUAUCAAAAUAUGUUCAAAAUCAUAUUAGAAAUGCUUUAAAAUUUAAUUUUACGAGUAUUUAUCAUAUGCAUAUAGUUUUUAGUGGAAUAUAUAAUGAUACAUUAUGGAAUUAUUCAUAUGAUGAUAUGAAUAGUAAAACACAAAUAAAGACAUCUCCAUUUAAAAGUUUUACAAAUAUUUGGAUAACUAGAAAAUUUAAACUCGAUCCAUCUGUAUUUACUACAUAUAAACAUCAUUAUUAUUAUUUAUAUAUGAGUUAUUCUUUUUGUUAUGUAAAUAUUACAAUUGAUAAUCGAUAUAAAAUAGAUUUGAAUGAGUCAUCAAAUAAUUAUGCUUUUAUACCGUUAAGCGAUACUAUUCAAAAUGUAUUUAAAUCGAAUCUUAAUCGUACAUAUACGAUUGAUGUACAUGCUUCAUAUUAUCUUGGAAAUAUUCGUUCAAUUAGAUAUAGAGAUGCAGAUGAUUUAACAGCAUUAAGUAUAGCAGCGGGAAAAAAACAUAAAUCAAUUACAGAAAUAUUAGCAAAUUGUGAAGAAGUUGAUGUUAAUAAACCUUCAUCAUCUGGUAUUACUCCUCUAUUAAUGGUCGCUGAAGUCGGUUGGCCAGAUAUAUUACAAAUAUUAUUAAAACGUGGUGCUAUUGUUGAUGCAGCUCCAUCUGGUCCAAAAGCCGAACUAAAUAAAAUAGCUGGUAGCACACCGUUGAUAGGUGCAACAAAAUAUGAUCAUCCAGAUUGUGUCAAAAUUCUUUUACAAAAUAAAGCUAAUGCAAAUCAUCAAAAUCAAAGUGGAAUUAGUGCAUUGAUGUUAGCAGCUGAACAAGGCUACUUUGAAUGUGUUAAACUAUUAGUAGAAUUUGGAGCUAAUCUUGAACUAGCACCAAGUGGACAAAUAGCGUUGAAUAUGAAUUUAUGUGGUCAAACACCUUUGUUCUGUGCGGCUAAAGAAGGUCGACAAGAGAUUGUGAAAUAUUUAAUAGAUCAAAAAGCUAAUCCUCGCGUUCAAAAUCAUUAUGGUGUUAGUGCUCUAUGGAUACCUGCUCAAAAAGGAAUGUUAGAUGUUGUUGAAUUACUAUUGAAUGCUGGAGCUAAUACAGAAAUAGCACCAUUUGGAAAUUUAGCGGAUGAUUUAAAUAUUACAGGUUGGACACCUUUAUAUGCAGCAAUGAAAGCAAGAAAAUUUGAUGUUGUUCAAUUAUUAUUGAGCAAACGUGCCAAUCCAAAUGCUGUUACUAAAUUAGGUUCCACACCAUUCUUAUUAGCAUCAGAAAUAUGUGAUUUAGAAAUUAUUGCAGCAUGUGUGGAAGCCGGAGCCGAUUUAGAUUUUGCACCAUCAGGAAGAGAUGCCGAUAAUUUAAAUAUAACUGGGCAGACAGCUCUAUUUAUGGCUACACUCAAAGAACGAUCUGAUGUUGUGAAAUAUUUGAUAUCAAAAGGGGCUAAAGUCGAUGUUAAAAAUAGAUACGGUGUGAGUCCAUUAUUAUUAUGUGCUGAAGGUGGAAAUAAAGAGUUAGUUCAAGUAUUAGUCCAGGCUGGAGCAAAUGUUAAUAUAACACCAACCGGCGAUUUAGCUGAAGAAAAUUUUCUAGCAGGACAAACUCCACUAUCUGGUGCAGCUAAAAAAGGUCAUACUGAAAUAUGUGAAUAUUUAAUAAAAAAUGGCGCGAAUGUUAAUGCAGUAACAAUGAUUGGUGCAACUCCAUUGUACACUGCCACCGAAGAAGGUCAUUUUGAAGUUGUUGAAUUAUUAGUUCGUAAUGGAGCAGAUAUAAAUCUUUCACCACAAGGCACUGUUGCAAAAGAGUUAAGAAUUGAAAAUCAAACACCACUAUUGAUUGCUUGUAUGAAAAAUUUUGAAAAUAUAAUUAAAUUUCUUAUUGAAAAUGGAGCCAAUGUUAAUGUUACAUCAGACAGAGGAUCAUCACCAUUUUUAGCUAUUUGUCAACAUAAUAAUGUUGAUUUAGCUACGCUAUUGAUUAAACAUGGUGCUCGUUAUGAUGUUGAAGCCUAUAAUUUAUAUGAUGGAAAAAUAAAUGGACUUAUUGUGGCAGCCGAAUCUGGAUCAUUUGAUAUUUUGAAAUUAUUAGUAGAAAAUGGUUUAGAUGUUAAUUAUAAAAUUGAAGGAAAAGGUGAAACAGCUGGACGUACACCAUUAUUUUGUGCAUGUGCCAAAGGCUAUCAAAAUAUUGUACAAUAUUUAAUUCAAAAAGGAGCGGAUGUCAAUGGAACAGAGAAGAGUGGUUUAUCUUGUUUACAUAUUGCAUCGGCAAUGGAUCAUGGUGAAACUGUUCGUAUUUUAUGUGAAAAUGGUGCAAACAUCGAUCAACAAUUUUAUUUAGAAGAUCAAGAGUGGACUGCCUAUGAUUUAGCUGAAUAUCAACAGCAUGAGAAUGUAUGCAAUGUUCUUAGAGAAUAUGGAUGUAGACAAUCGAUAGAAGGAAUUUAA